AUGCCUUGUGCGCCAGCAAUCGCAUCCAUGUCCUUGGGAAGGGCCUGGGUACAUUCCCUCCCCGAGAAACUCGCCCAGGCAGCCAAAGCCGGAUUCAAAGGGGUUGAAAUAUUCUACGAAGAUUUGGAAUAUCUCGCUAAAGAAAAAGGACCCGUAAAUGAUUCAACAUUGCUUGCUGCCGCUGAAGAAACCAGAGCCAUCUGUGACCACCAUGGCCUAAAUGUGAUUGGAAUGCAACCAUUCUUAUUCUAUGAAGGUUUAACGGAUCGAGCCCAGCACCGGGAAAAGAUCGAUCGCCUUAAGCUGUGGUUCGCCAUCGUCAAAAUUCUAGGCACCGAUAUCAUCCAAAUACCUUCUAACUUUCAAUCCGAAGGAAUAUCGGGUGAUCUGGAUUUAAUUGUUUCCGACAUGGUUGAAGUCGCAGACCUGGGUUUGAAAGAGGAGCCUGUCGUCCGGUUUGCAUAUGAAAAUCUCGCCUGGGGUACUUUUAUUUCAACGUGGGAGAGUUUGUGGGAGGUGGUUCAGCGAGUGGACCGGCCUAAUUUUGGGUGCUGUCUAGAUACCUUCAACAUCGCCGGACGGGUAUGGGCCGACCCUGCCAGCCCCUCUGGUAAGACACCAGAUGCAGAUGCGGACUUGGUCGCAUCGCUACAAAGUCUUAUUAGGACGGUCGAUGUGAGCAAGGUAUUUUAUGUGCAGGUUGUUGACGCAGAAAGAAUGCAACAGCCGUUGGUCGUGGGCCAUCCUUUUUACGUCGAAGGACAGCCAGCGCGGAUGAGUUGGAGUCGCAAUGCUAGAUUGUUCCUUUAUGAACAAGAGCGCGGUGGCUACCUACCAGUGGUACAGGUGGCUAAAGCAUUCUUAAAAGGUCUUGGCUUUCAGGGGUGGGUGUCAAUGGAGUUAUUUUCGAGGUCGAUGGCGGAUCCGGACCCGACAGUGCCCGAAACACAUGCACAACGGGGCAUCAAAGCCUGGAAUAGGCUGGCAGAGGAACUGAAUCUCUAG